AUGGCAAGCCAAGCAUGCUGUAACACUCCCCCCAAAGGAGAGCCAGCCGUUGUAUCGGAGGAUCAAAUCGAUCAAGCGGCAGGAGUUAACCUGUACGUGUUCGGUGAUCGGAAAGCCAAGCGAGGUGUGGUGCUUGUGUACGAUAUCUUCGGACUCUACCCACAGACCAAGCAAGGAGCAGCGCUCCUUGCGAAGGAAUUAGACUGUCUGGUUAUCAUUCCAGACUUCUUCAAUGGAGAAGCAGCGAAUAUUGAAUGGGUGGGGAUGGAUACUGCCGAAAAAAGAGACAAUAUGAUGGGGUUCUUUGCGAACAAAGCAAGCCCUGAAAAGAAUCUAGCAACCCUCUACUCCGUCACGAAUGAGACCAAGAGUCUCUAUGCCACCGUUGAAAAAUGGGCUGUUUUAGGAUUAUGCUGGGGUGGAAAGCUCGCUGCAUUGGCUUCUACUGAUCAGACGCCGUUUGUGGCCUCUGGUCAAACCCACCCUGCGCUUCUCGACAUAGCAGAUGCUAGACGCAUGGCCAUACCGCACAUCUGUCUAGUUUCCCCCGAUGAACCUGCAGACAUCCUCAACCCGUAUAAGGAAGCAUUGCCGGACCACUCCGAGUUUGAGCUAUACGGUACGAUGUUCCAUGGGUGGAUGGGAGCACGAGCAAACCUUGAGGACGAGAAGAAUCUCCUAGAGUUUACUAGAGGAUAUAAGCAGGUGGCCGCCUUUUUCAAGCGAUGGCUAUAA